AUGGCGUCGCCGCCGCCGGAGGUCGCCGUGCCGGUUGACGAGGAGGACCGGGAGACGGAGGGAGAGGAUAUCUGCGCGUUCGACAUACCCGGCAAGAACGCCCCGCGCGAUCGCCUGCGCCGGUGGAGGCAAAUUGCUCUCGUGCUCAACGCUUCACGUCGUUUUAGAUAUACUCUAGAUCUCGCGAGGGAUGAAGAGAGAGAAAACUUGAGAAGAAUUAUACGAGCUCAUGCACAAGUUAUACGGGCAGUAUUCCUUUUCAAAAACGCUGGUCAAAAGGCGCUACAAGAAUCUUACGAUGGUACAAAAUUUGAGUCACUCUCUCAGAGAUUUCCAAUUGAUCUGGAAAAGCUUGUAAUGUUGAACAGAGACCAUGAGGCAAUUAUGCUUCAGGAGGUUGGAGGGGUCAGUGGGCUUUCGGAUUUACUAAAGAGUAAUUUAGACAGAGGAGUUAGCUCAAAUGAGGACGAGCUGUUGCAGAGAAGAGACAUUUUCGGGGCAAACACCUAUCCGCGCAAGAAAAGAAAAAGCAUAUGGCGCUUUGUAUUUGAAGCUUGUCAGGAUUUAACUCUUGUGAUUCUAAUGGUAGCUGCUGCUAUAUCAUUAUCAUUGGGCAUGGCAACAGAGGGUGUAAAAGAUGGAUGGUAUGAUGGUGGAAGCAUAUUCUUUGCUGUUUUUCUUGUGAUAUUUGUUACAGCAACCAGUGAUUAUAGACAAUCUCUUCAGUUUCAACAUCUGAACGAGGAGAAACAAAACAUACAAGUUGAGGUUAUCAGAGGUGGUAAGAGAGUAGGAGCUUCAAUAUUUGACCUUGUGGUUGGCGAUGUUGUUCCCCUCAAAAUUGGUGAUCAAGUCCCUGCAGAUGGUGUCCUGAUAUCUGGUCAUUCUCUUGCAAUAGACGAAUCAAGUAUGACGGGAGAGUCCAAAAUUGUUCAUAAGGACCAGAAGGCACCUAUGUUGAUGUCCGGUUGCAAGGUCGUAGAUGGCUAUGGCUCUAUGUUGGUAACAGGCGUGGGUACUAAUACUGAAUGGGGUACGUUGAUGGCCAAUCUUUCAGAAGAUAUUGGUGAAGAAACCCCGUUGCAGGUGCGCUUGAAUGGUGUCGCUACUUUAAUUGGUAUCGUGGGUUUAUCAGUUGCUGGUGUUGUCCUUGUCGUACUUUGGAUAAGAUAUUUUACCGGGCAUAGCAAUAAUCCAGAUGGAACUACUGCAUUUGUGGCUGGGACUACUGGUGCAAAACAGGGAUUUAUGGGGGCAAUCAGUAUUUUUACAGUUGCUGUAACUAUUGUGGUUGUUGCUGUGCCUGAAGGACUCCCUUUAGCAGUAACAUUGACCCUUGCAUAUUCAAUGCGAAAGAUGAUGCGAGACAAGGCUCUGGUAAUGCAUACAAAGAGAUUUACAAAGAAAAACCUUUACUCCAGUAUAAAUCUGUGUUUUUGGUUUCGCAUACAGGUGAGACGACUUUCAUCUUGCGAAACAAUGGGGUCGGCGACCACGAUUUGCAGUGACAAGACUGGAACUCUUACCUUGAAUAAGAUGACAGUUGUGGAAGCAUAUUUGAGUGGGACGAAGUUGAAUCCUUGUGAUAAUACUGGGAUGAUAUUUAGCAGUGUGGCAUCUCUACUUGUUGAAGGAAUUGCACAAAACACAGCAGGUGCUGUGUUUUCACCAGAGGAUGGAGGAGCUGCUGAAGUUGCUGGCUCACCAACUGAAAAAGCAAUUCUUUCUUGGGGUCUUGAGAUUGGGAUGAAUUUCACCGAUGUGAGGUCAAAAUCUUCAGUUCUUCGCGUUCUCCCAUUCAACUCAGUGAAGAAACGUGGUGGCGUUGCAGUGCAGUCAGAUGCUUAUGUACACAUCCACUGGAAAGGUGCUGCUGAGCUAGUAUUAGCAUCUUGCAAAAGCUGGUUUUCUGUUGAUGGUUCAGUUCAUCCAAUGAGUUCUGACAAGUAUAACGAAUUGAAGAGAUUCAUUGACGAUAUGUCAAUGAGUUCACUGCGCUGUAUUGCUUUUGCAUAUUGCACCUGCGAGCUCUCAAUGGUUCCUAGGGAGGAUCUCGAUAAGUGGCAGUUGCCUGAGGAAAAUCUGACUCUUCUUGGAAUGGUCGGGAUAAAGGAUCCCUGUCGCCCAGGAGUAAGGGACGCUGUACAAUUAUGCAGUGCUGCUGGUGUGAAGGUACGGAUGGUCACUGGAGAUAAUGUUGAAACAGCUAAGGCCAUUGCUUUCGAAUGUGGAAUACUAAAUGCAAAGGAUGCUGCUUCAGAGACAAUAAUAAUAGAAGGGAAGGUGUUCCGUGAAAUGUCUGAAACUGCACGAGAAGAAGUUGCUGACAAGAUUACAGUAAUGGCGCGGUCUUCUCCAAACGACAAACUUUUGCUUGUGCAAGCUUUGAAAAGAAAAGGCCAUGUAGUAGCUGUAACCGGUGAUGGCACUAACGAUGCCCCAGCAUUACAUGAGGCUGAUAUCGGUCUUUCAAUGGGCAUCUCGGGAACAGAAGUUGCUAAAGAAAGCUCAGACAUUAUAAUCUUAGAUGAUGACUUCACAUCCGUUGUCAAGGUUGUUCGUUGGGGACGUUCUGUCUACGCAAAUAUUCAGAAAUUUAUCCAGUUCCAGCUGACUGUUAAUGUCGCUGCCCUGGUAAUAAAUGUGGUUGCUGCCGUGUCCUCUGGUGCGGUUCCUCUGAAUGCAGUUGAGCUUCUUUGGGUGAACCUUAUCAUGGACACACUGGGAGCCCUUGCAUUAGCAACUGAACCACCAACAGAUAACCUAAUGAAGAGACAUCCUGUUGGCAGAAGGGAACCCCUUGUUACAAACAUUAUGUGGAGAAACCUGUUUAUCCAGGCUCUUUAUCAGAUAACAGUUCUUCUAGUCUUCAAUUUUGAUGGCAAAAGGAUUUUCCAUUUGCAUAAUGAAAGUCGAGAGUGCGCUGACAAAAUGAAGAACACCUUUGUCUUCAAUGCAUUUGUCUUCUGCCAAAUCUUCAAUGAGUUCAAUGCUCGCAAGCCUGAGGAGAAGAAUGUCUUGAGAGGAGUCACGAGCAACCGCCUUUUCAUGGGUAUAGUGGGUAUAACAACCGUACUUCAGAUCUUGAUAAUUGAAUUUCUCGGGAAGUUCUUCGGAACUGUUAGGCUCGGUUGGAAGCUAUGGCUGCUAUCAGUUGCAAUUGGUGCAGUCAGCUGGCCCCUCGCGUAUGUUGGCAAGUCCAUUCCUGUUCCGGCCAGACCUUUCCAGGAUUACUUGAAGCACUGUUGUGCCUGGAGAAGGCCACGCCGCCGCGAUGAAGAGCAGGGCGGCAAGAGCUGA